AUGGCGACCAAACCAACUUUCAUCACCCUUGUCACCAUUCUCUCUCUGUUCUCUCUCUCCUCCGCGCUCCAUUCUCAAUCCAUCCUCAACGCCGCCGAGACUCUCUCCAACUCCGGCUACAUCGCCAUGGCUCUCACCCUCCAACUUAUCUCAGACGAUGCCACCAAAACCGCCAAAUCUUCAAGCCCACCAUCCUUCACUAUCUUCGCUCCGGCAGACUCUGCCUUCGCCGCCUCCGGCCAACCCUCUCUCUCUCUUCUCCAACUCCAUCUCUCUCCCGUUUCUCUCUCUCCUCAAAGCCUCAAUUCCCUUCCAUACGGCACCAGAAUACCCACUUUGUCCUCCUCAAAAUCCCUAACUAUCACAACACUACCAUCCAGUUCUGUAAUUUCACUCAACAAUGUCACAAUCACUGGUUCACCUAUAUUCGACGAUGGUUCAGUCAUUGUAUACGGAAUUGAAAAUUUCUUCGAUCCCAAUUUUACAAUUUCGGCCCAAAUCGAAACCCCUGGCAAUCAAAAUCUUGGAUGUGAAACUUCAAGAAGUUAUCGGAGAAGCGAAUUUUUGUUUCAUGAUGCGUCUUUAGAGUUGAGAUCGAGAGGGUAUUCGAUAAUGGCAUCGCUUCUUGAACUGCAAUUGGUAGGGUUUCUGAGUGAUAAUCAUUUGAAAUUGACGGUGUUUGCUCCAUUUGACGAAUUGAUGUUUGGAUUCUCCGGGGAUUUUUCGGACUACUCGUCUCUUUUUUUUAGGCAUGUGGUUCCUUGCAAAGUUACAUGGGCUGAUUUGGUUAACAUCGGGAGCGGAACAGUGCUUGAGACUUACUUGGAAGGGUUUGGGAUCAAUGUUACAAGAUCCGGCGAUUUAUUGAUGGUGAAUGGGGUUUCUGUGGGUUUUCCGGACAUGCAUUACAGUGAUUUGCUUGUUGUUCAUGGAAUUGGUGAAGUUCUUGCAUUGCCAGUCUCUGUUUCUGAUGAAAUUGGGAGCAGUGAAGAGUCGAUGGCACCAGAUCGAAGUGAAUUUUGAGCUGGGGAUGUUGAUAUAGUCUCUGUAAGUUCGUUUGUAUACACUGA